AUGGCAGACCGUUGCAGCGUGCCCCCCGAAAUCCUCGUCCCAGCUGCCAACGAGACACUGGAGCUGGCGCUGGGGAGCCAGGUAGCACUGAACUGCACCGUGCGCUGGGUGGCCGCCGAGCGCUGCGAGCCCGUCCCCGUCUGGACCAAAGAUGGGCAGUGGCUGGGCAGCGAGAGCAGCCAGGACACCGCCUGGUUUGCCCAAAAUGCCUCAGAGUGGCUCCUCACCAGCAUCCUGCAGCUCAACCUCACGCAUGAUGCCGACUUUGGGGUGUUUGCCUGCUGGGUCAGCAACGCCACGGCCACCUUCACCCUGCGGCGAGUGGAGGCGGCAGGGCACAUGCCUGCGGUGCUGGCAGCCCUCCUGGUCCUGGCACUCCUGGUGCUUCUGGCUGGGCUCUAUGUCCGAUGCCGCCUAAGUGUGCUCCUCUGGUACCGGAACCGCUACGGCGAGCUGGAGAUCAACGACGGGAAGCUGUAUGACGCCUACGUCUCCCACGCCACUGCCCCGGAUGACCGAAAGUUUGUCCACUUCAUCGUGAAGCCGCAGCUGGAAAACCGCUACGGCUACAAGCUCUUCCUGGACGAGCAAACCAUCCUGCCCAACUCAGAGCCGUCGGCCGACCUGAUCAUGAACGUGAGCCGAUGCCGGCGCCUCAUUGUGGUCCUCUCCGUCGCGUACCUGGAGCAAGAGUGGUGCAACAGCAGCUUCAGGGAAGGGCUUUGGAGGCUGCUGGAGCUUUCCAAGAAACCCAUCUUCAUUGUCUUCGAGAGCCAGUACCGGGAGAUCACCCACCCUGCCAUCAGCCUGCUGAAGCAGCACCGGAGCACGGUGACCUUGCUGGUGUGGCGAGCUGGCUCCAUGACCCCAUCAUCGGACUUCUGGAAGGAGCUGUGCCUGGCCCUGCCCCGCAAGGUAUCCUUCCAGGGGACCAUGGGGGACCCGCAGACCCAGCUGCAGGAGGACAAGGACCCCAUGCUGAUCCUGCACAGCAGCUACCUGGACAGCGGUGGAGACCUCCACCCAGAUGGGGACCUCGGCCUCCGAGGGUGCGUUUUCAGAAGCUCCCCGCCUCCCCGCAUCGGCGGCCUCGGCUCUCCCAUGGCUUCAGCUGCCGGCGCGACGGAGGACACACAGCGGCAGGACAGCCAGAGACCCGAGCUCGACAUCUCGGACCUGGGAUUGCGCAACUACGGCGCCCGCACGGACUUCUACUGCCUGGUGACGGAAGAUGACAUCUGA